AUGUUCUCCAACAUCGCUUCUGCCCCGGCGAAGCAGUCCGUCGGUGACACCAUAACCGUUCUCAGCGGUCGUCUCAGCUCUGCCACUCUUCUCGAGGACCGCCGUGCUGCCAUUCUAGGCCUACGAAGUUUCGCAAAAGACUACCCUGCCUCUGUCGCGUCUGGCGCCCUCAGGAGUCUGAUUGGCAGCUUGUCCAACGAUGGGGAAGAUGUCGACACCGUCAAGGUCGUGCUUGAGACCUUGCUGAUGUUAUUUAGCCCAAACCAGGAUAGUCCUGAAGCUUCAGAAGAGAUCGCCCUGUGGCUCGCCGACGAGUUUACCCAGCGCCAGGAAAACAUCACCCUGCUACUCAACUUCCUCGAAACCACCGAUUUCUACUCGAGACUCUACUCCCUACAGCUGCUUGGCGCCAUCCUAUCCGCCCGAACCGAACGAACAGAGGAAUGUGUAUCAUUAGCACCGCUCGGCAUUCCGAGGUUGGUUGCUGUACUGGACGAACGAAGAGAGGCCGUCCGUAACGAAGCUCUGACAUUCCUCACCUAUCUCACACCAUCUUCUCCGCUUAUACAACAGUCCGUGGCAUACCAGAAUGCAUUCGAGCGUGUGUUUGCUAUCAUAGCAGCCGAAGGAUCGCUCUCGGAGGGCGAUAGGAUAGUCGAGGACUGCCUGAUUCUCCUUGCGAACCUAUUGCGCCUGAACCCUUCGAAUCAGUCCUUGUUUCGGGAGAGCGGGUGUGUGCCACAGCUAGCCAGCCUUUUGGAAAGCACAUAUCACACUGGGAAAGAGGAUGGAGAAGUAGCCGAGUGGGCUCAGGAACAGCGCAAUAGGAACAUAUAUGCACUGCUCUCGGUAGCUCUAAUAACGUGUGCCGAGACCAUCCGAGGGAACGCGAAGCUCCAAGAAAGUUUUGCACAGCUACAGGUCCCGUCGGUAUUUGAUACGAGUCCGCCACCAACGAAUGGUCAGACCGGCAAGGCAAAAGGUGUCUCAGUCGUCUACGUGAUCGAUGGUCUCCUCGACCUCAGCCUGAGCCUACCUGCCAUCCAGGCUUUUGAUCUCCGGGUAGCGGCAUGCCAAUGCAUCAAAGCCUAUUUCUUCAAUCACCCCGACGUACGGAUGCAUUUCCUUCGGCGAGCUAUUGAGGGUCAUGCAUCCGGUGUAGACGAGACCGCCAACGUAUUAACAACCUUACUACGGCCCAUCGAUACCACAGUUUCAGUAGAUCCGUACCGACAUUGGUUCGCAGCAUCUAUAAUGUUCCACCUCAUCUUUGAAAACGCUGAGGGAAAGUCACUUGCCAUGUCGGUCACAGAGGGCGACGCCGAGAGCGGCGAAGAGGUUGUUACAUGCAUUCAAACGGUGGCCGCCCAUCUGGUCACCGCAAUAGCAAGGGGCGAUGACGAUCGUGUGUCGGUUGGCUAUCUGAUGCUACUGAUCGGGUGGCUUUUCGAAGAUCUUGAUGGUGUCAAUGACUUCCUGGGCGAAGGCAGCAACAUCCAGGCUCUGGCCCAAGAGAUCGUACGGCAUCCCUCGAACAGCGUUCUCGUGCAAGGCUUGUGCGCCAUGAUAUUGGGCGUCAUUUACGAGUUUUCUACAAAAGACUCACCGAUUCCUCGAGCUACCCUACACUCUGUUCUGAUGUCUCGGGUCGGCCGAGAGAAGUAUAUCGAUGCCCUGAACAGGCUCCGGAGCCAUCCGCUCAUGAGAAAUUUCGAGGUCACUCCCCAGAAGGCGGACGGCUCAGGAAAUCUACCUGAUGUCUACUUUGACGCCUCCUUUGUCGAUUUCUUUAAGGACAACUAUAGUCGCAUUGCGAGAGCCAUCGAUCGGGAUCCUGGUAUGGAAGUAUCUGUGGUAACAAAUGGCGUACAAAAGGGCAUAUCUCGCGAGCUAGUUGACUCCCUGCGUUCGCAAGUGGAAGAGAAAGAGCAGUCAUUGCAGGCAGCUCUUGCUGAGGUGGCUUUACUCAACGGAAAACUUGGCCAGGAACAAGCGGAUCAUAGCCGCUCAAGAGAAGCUUCUGCUUCUGAACUGGCUCGCAUCAAGAAUGUCAAUGAAGCUAUUCAGCGACAUCAUGAAGACGAGAUCAGGAAAAUUGAGUCCCAACAACAAUCCAAUGACUCAGCCCACCUGCGACAGCUCCAAGAGGUGCAGAAACAGGCGGCUGCCGCUGCAGAGGCUAUCCAUUCCGAGCAUCGCGCAAAGGAAACCGAGCUACAGAGGCAGCUCGAAUACCUCCGUAAGACUUCCGAGGCUGAAACGGCACGCGUCCAGCGAAGAUCCGAUGCAGAAAUGGCAGACCUUCGAGCUACGAUUAGCCGCCUCGAGGUCGAUUUGAUGAAGGCCAACAAAGCGAAGACUCAAGAACUCCAUGCUGUAAGGGAGGAACUCGGCUCGAAGUUAGAAGCCGAGGAGUCGAAGACACGGUCUGCUGAAGAACAGGCGAUAGAACUGGAGAAGCAGCUGUCCAAGAGAGACGAGGAAAUACUACAAACUCAAACGGGUUUGAAGGAGAAGGAAGAGCAGAAAUCAGCCACUCAGACCGAGCUCGACGAUCUUCUCAUGGUAUAUGGCGACCUAGAAGAAAAAGUCGAAAAGUACAAGAAACGUCUCACUGAUCUCGGUGAAAACGUCUCAGACGACGAAGAGGACGACGACGAGGACGACGACGAGGACGGAGACGAAGAUGAUGAGGAUGAUGAUGAGGAUGAUGCAGUGGACUGA